AUGGCCGCCACACAAUCACACUGGAGCAGGGGAGGAGCCUGGAGGAACUACUUCAGAGGAACAUACAGCACCACCUACAUGUCAGCAAGGGAACAGCGCGGAAACGGCAGCCGAGACAGAGCCGCAGUGGAGCCACCAUGGAGGACAGAAGUAACGGAUCAUUACUUCCCCCUGGAGGGGUUUGGAGGAACUGCAGAGGCUCAGCGCCCCCUUGAGGUGUAUGAAGGUACUGCAGAUGAGCUGGAAUUACUGGAGCUGAAUCUAAUGCGGAAGGAGAUCCAACUGAGAAUCAUGAUCCAAGAGACGCCGACCAGGACUGAACCAGGCAGGUUCAAGAGGCAGAUAUUCUAUCGCCCCCUGGUGCUCACUAACCUGAACAGCAGUGUAGACUCUUAA